AUGAGUUUCUCUUAUAAUAAGAUAAUUAAAUCAUUGAUGAUCUUGAUUUUGUUCUUGAGCUUCAACCUUCUUAUAGAGCAUGGAAAUUGUAGGCCUUUAAAGGGUGAUGAAAACGUUCUCUAUAAGCGCGACGACGACGUUCAAUGGAUGAAGGAGUUGGAGGGUUCUAAGGCUAGUAAUGUUAAUCUAGCAUACUCUGCACUCACCCUUGUUAAUGCAAGGCUCACCAAUUUGCCUGAUGAAUUGUUAAUUCAGAUCAUAUCUCUGCUUCCUACCAAGGAUGCUGCUGCUAUUUCCGUCUUGUCUAAGAGUUUGAGGCAUGUUUUCCCUUUGAUUACCAGCCUCGACUUUGAUGUUUCACCUGUAUCUCUUUGUUUGAAACAUCCCUAUGCAACUGAAUGUUACCCUACUUUGCACACCAUGCUAUCUUAUUGUCUUCCAAACUUGAAAUUGCUCCUCUUGUCUGUGUAUGUCAUAUUUGAUGAUGGCUUUCUGCCGAGGCUAGUUUCAAGUUGCCCUGUACUCGAAGACCUUACAUUCAAAGCCAUUUCAAACCGUGUCAAAAUCACUACUAUUACGUCAACUUCCCUUCUUAGAAUGUGUUUAAAUGUGCGUAUAUGGGAUGAUUUUGAAGAUGACUUCAAUGAAUUGGUGCUAAUCAAUACUCCCAACCUUAACUACCUUGACUACCGUGAUCAUUUAGCAAAAUGUUACUCGAUACCAACAAUGCAUCGUCUUAUUAAAGCAAAUCUGUGUGGCUUCUUAGUGCCGGGUGCUGAAAAGGUCUUAAUAAAGGAUCAACUGCCCGUGUUUCAUAAUCUUAUACAUCUAGAGCUGGGUGAAACUGAAAUAUACUGCUGGAAUAAACUGUUGUUGCACUUUCUCAACUGUUCACCUGUCUUAGAAACACUUGUUUUUCAAGAGGGACUAGUCAUAAAUCAGUAUGAGGGGACUAUGGGUGAUGAUAUCACAAAAAAAGAACUGGAGUUGGAACGAGAAUUUUUUCGAACAGAUCAUGAAAUUCCUGUAUGUUGCAGAUAUCAUCUGAGAAGAAUAGUGAUUAAGGAAUAUUUUGGAAUAGAACGCGAAGUGGUAAUAAGCCAUUUUUUCCUGAGACAUGCAUUAGUUUUGGAGGAACUAGUCAUAUGCUUAGCCCGGGAUAGAUAUGCAAUUCCAUAUCAGAAUCAUAUAUCAGUUGAGAACACAUUGAAGAAUUCACCAAAAGCCUCAGUCACUUGCUCGAUUCAAGUAUUAUGA